AUGUAUUCCUGGCGUACUAAGAAAUUUUAUAUUAAUUACUUUUUGGUGGCAUGGUGCAUAACAAUAAUAAUACUCUUUACCUUGAUCUAUAUACGACGUUUGUAUAACGAAGUUGUAUCGGAAGAAUUGGAUUUAAAGAAUGCUGUAACUUUGUAUUAUUAUAUGAAUAUAUUUGGUGCCGCUACCAAUUUUCUAUCACAAUUGUGGAAUACUAAAGCUGCUGCACAUUUCUUUAAUACAGUAAAAUUAUUUGAGACCUUGAAAUAUUUUGAUGUGGAUGUUGAAGUUAUACAUUCCUCGUUACUAUUAGUAACCUUGAAAAUUAUUAUUUUUCCAAUUAUCAUAGAAAUUACUUUAAUUUUAAGACAACUACGUAACGAUUAUGAGGAAAGAAGUCUAUUGUGGACAAUUUAUACCUUAUAUCCUUUAGUUAUAGCCAAUAUUAUACCGAAUUGUUUAUUUGGUAUUUUUGUGGUAUGUAGACAAUUAACCAUGUCUUUAAAUCGUCAUUUGAAAGAGUUGGAGAAAGAGGCAAACUUUUUACAAAAUAUGGAUCAGAUUCUAUUGCACAAACCUUUUUAUCGCAUGCAAAAGUUUUGCAAUUUAGCCGAUAAAUUAGAUGAAUUGGCGGAAAAAUAUUCGCUGAUUUGUGCUCAGACUUUGUUGUAUAUGAGUAUGUGUUCAACACCUUUAUUGGCUUCUUUAUUGUGUAAUCUCUUUGGUAUUACGGCUGGUUUCUUUCGCCAGUAUUACGCUUUGGCGGAUACAUUAAUCAAUGAAGAAAGUUAUGAUGUUUUUAAUGCCAUUACGAAUGGUGUCUUUUUAAUAAUAUCCUUUUUGGAAAUUGCUUUACAUAGUCUGGUGGCAGAUCAGAGUAUUGAGGCGGUCAAAGAGACUGGAUUAAUAUUAAAACGCAUUCGAUUAGAUCAUGCUGAUGUACGUUUUAGACAAUCAGUGGAAAAAUUCUCAUUUGAAAUAUUAGUCAUAGAUUUUAAAAUACAACCUAUGAGAUUAUUAAACAUUGACUUGGGUUUAUUACAUGAUGUUUUAUCGGCUGUAACAAGUUUCUUGCUAAUUUUAAUACAAAGUGAUUUAACUUUAAGAUUUUCUUUGAAAUAAACAACAAAAUUUUUAUAUUUCUACAAAAAAAAAUAGAAAAUUAACAAAAACGACAGAUAUUUUUUAAGCUAAAGAAAAAAAUUGUUUAGUUAACUAUGGAUGAUGUUGAAUUGGAAUCUUUUGGUGCCACUACUACUUCUGCAGGGAAAACAAAUCGUCGUCCUAUACCGUGGAAACAACGUUCUCGUUAUAAUAAAUGUUUAAUGAUUAGUAUUAUUUGUAUAGUUUUUGUAUGUAUUUUUAAUUUGAUUGGUUUAGUGGCAUUUUAUUGUGUUUUUAAACGUCAUGAACAAAAUUUGUAUAUAAAAGAUCAUCAUAUGUUAGAGGAACAAUAAAAUGUAUAUUAAACAAUA